CCUCCGUCUCAACAUUCGCACUUUUGCAACUUUUGUAUCCCAAAAACACUUCCCAAUAACGCUGUUUUUUUUUACAUCCUCACAGCUCCCUACAGUGUUAGCGAUUCCAAGAUGUCGUGGCAAGCAUAUGUUGACACCAGCUUGGUGGGCUCCGGCCACGCAGACAAGGCCGCCUUGAUCAGCGCUGCAGGCGACAGCGUCUGGGCCAAGACCGAGGGCUUCGAGGUUAAGCCAGAGGAGAUGCAGAACAUCGUUGCGGCACUAGCGGGCGGCGCGGCAGCAGACAAGCUGUGGACAGAGGGUCUUCACGUUGCGGGGGAGAGGUUCGUCGUGUUCAAGGUUGAGGGACGGAGUAUCUACGGCCGCAAGGGCAAGGACGGUAUCGUGAUCGCCAAGACCACACAGGCUAUCAUCGUCUCGCAUUACGGCGAUAAUGUCGUUGCGGGCAACGCGGCCCAGACCGUCGAGAACCUCGCCGACUACCUCGUUGGCCUGGGCUACUAAGUCCGAGGAGCGUUUUGGCAGUGCUGUACGAGUCGUUUGUGCAUUGGUGACCGCUCGCUGCGAUUGUGAUAUUGGGAAUAGAUGGAUUGGGUGGCGGGCGAAGGGGGGAGAUAUGCCUGUGAGGACGGGAAUUUGGGACGGCAAACAUUGAGGAUGGUAUUGAUCUAGACAUCUUACCUUACUCAUGGAUGUUUGUUGGUUGCGAAUAGUGUGAUGUUGGGCCGUGAAUUAGGCUGGCACUUUUGCUAUAGAUGACACUCGCCUCUAUCAUUCUCUAUUGCCCCGAUUUGUAUUUUCAGACCCAAUCUAGAUUCGUGACUUCUAUCCUUUUACUGCCA